AGGAAAAUUUUCAGCCCUUUGCCCUCGCAGCGUUGAGCGCUUUGUGUUGGGGGGUCAAAUUUGGUGCGCGCAACCCACCGAACCAUAUUCAUACUCGCCUCCCCCGAGCCUAAAACGACAAAAGUUCCUCUUCCUAUUCCCCCCAGUCGUGCCGCUCGGAAUCAGAAGAAAAACCCUCGCAUAUCCAAUUUCCAGAAACGCGCGUUCAAAUGGCAACAUGGCUACCUCUUCCACCUCUUCCGGGAAACAAGGUUUGUGAAUUGCCAUUCAGUGGAAAAGGUAUCAAAAAUACAUCCGCAGUCUCGAGAGCCCGAAGACAGAAGAGCGGAAACGGAGCUGGGAAUGGAUUAAGCAUUGAGGCCCAAAAUACUGAGAUUCUCGUGAUCGGUGGGUCAAGCCACUGUGUUGGAGAUCGUACGGGUGCUGGUGGCUCCACAAAACGCGCUCGAAGGCAAGACAAUUUGCCCCCUGCCGGUAGAGCAGUGGGGGAGGCAGUCGCGACAAUCACCGACUCCACCCUCGUGGAACCAGCAACCAACACACAAAGACUUCCUUCCUUGGCCCAGAAAUCUAUCCAACCAAGCUGCAACCCUCUGGGGGUUCUGCCGCCCUCUGAGGAAUGCCUUUCAAAAAAGGCUGCGGCGCCCUACCCUACACAGAGCGCAAUGCCUUCUGUUCCGGAGCCUACCUCAUCCCUGCGUCAGGCGCUGCCCGGGGGAUUAUCGCGCGGAACUGUGUCAGCAGCGGGGAGAUAUAGUAGGGGCGUCUCUGUGGCUCCGGGUCUAGAGGGAGACUCAACCCCAGUAACGGCUAGAUGGAGAUCUAAUGCCUCGGUCGGGUGGUUGCCACGUCGGGCCUUUGUUCCUGCUCCUCCCAAUCCCGAACCCCCAAAUCAGAUGUGCGAGCGUAGCUAUGAGCACUCCGGGAACUCUGAUUCCUCUCCUAGAGUAACCCCGGCCUCGCCGCGCCCCCACGUGCCCGUUGAUCAGUGCAAAGAGUCAAACCACCUCUGGCGGUUUCACUCCCAUACCCACCGCGCUCAGCGUACGGGAGAUAGGAGAUGGAAUAUUGCGGCCGAAAGAUCUAGGUCAUGGAAUCAAGGCCCAGAUGGAUUCGAACCAUCGAAGACCUGCAAUCAAUCUCUCUCACGUACUGCUCCAUCUGGUAUGGCUUCAACCAUGCGAUGGAGCUCGUCCAGAGCUAAACCAGGGCUUCCGGAGUCACUCCACCCCGGCAAUAGCCUCCCAGGUAAGGCAUUUUCAGUCUUCAGAUAUUAUUUUUCGGUUAUCCCCUUCACCGAACAAAUUUUGCAUGGAAUAUGUUGACACGAUCUCCAAAUAGCUUUGCGCAGUUCUAAUCAGCAACACGAAAAUAGUGUUUGUAAAGCAAGCACUGAUCCAAUACCUAAGACUACCUCUGAAGCUUCAGCAGGCUCUUGUCGGCUGGUGGAAAGCGAGACUGCGAGCCUGUGUCCUGUUCAUGAUCCUAUGGACCCGCCCUCUGCUUCACCAGUGGCCGAGGCAACGCAGAGCGGAGGGCUCACCAUCAAGGAGGGAUAUGCCCCGGGCCAGGAUAGUGCAAAUCAUGCCGUUGUUGCCACGGAUGAAAGGACCAAGCGCUGGGCAGAGAUACUGUUGGAAGCAUUCCUCGAAGUCGAAAAUUAAGCGAAAACGAGCUGAAGAGUCAUAGCACCCCUUACACGCCCUCUCUCAAGAACAUUUGUCACCAAUUCUCAUGCUGUAGGGGCAGUACAGGUGGGGAUCAAGGGAGGAACAAGGGGUGCCUGCCGGGAGAUGCUUCCGAGACUUGUGCGACCGCUUGGUGAUCUAGACACCUAAGCUCUAUCAUAGCAUCCUUAGCCCAAAAUUCCCCUUCUUGCUACCACCCUGGGGCUUAAGGCGCAUGGAGAGGGCACUCCAUCGUCACGCAAUUCCGGGGCUGCUCUAUACUUUACCCUUGCCUCCUCCGACCCUCUCAAUCUACGCCGCUAAUUACCACAAGAUCCCCUCAGCCCGUGCCCGGCAUUAACCCCCUCUCGUCUCUUACAUAUCAUCACUUGCCAAUACCCGAGGUUAGAAACACCUUGGGAGAUUCCUGCGAAAUGCCGAGGCGCCCACUAAAGGCCAAUGCCACCAUCUGGCGGGACCGGAACUGAGACUUACUAAAACGGACUCCGGAAACUGCGCUACUACCCGCUACUUAUUAGCCUCCGCUUCCAAGGUACUCGUGGAAUCUCUCCAAGCCACACGCCAAGCUCUGCGGCUACAAGAUCCUUGCUUCUAUCCACGGGACGAUUAACGCAAGGGAUUCUGCGAAUAAAAACUGUUUGGGGUGCUCUACUUGCAACCCUCAGCAUCUUCUACCAGUGGUGCCCCUCCCCAUAGGCUGUUCCACUGCCCUCGCAAAGCUCGAGUUUUUUUUUUAACUAUAUCUGAGAUGGCAACAGAUAGGAUAUAUCCUAACAUAUACCUCCAGAUAUUUCCCUGGUAACGCCCUCAGUAAUAACGCAUGACAAGGAUGCAAAAUCCGAAUCACGCGACCUUAGUUCUUUGUCCUUCCAGAACCCCCCGUAACCCCCGACAGCACUCUUCCUGUUCCCCAUGACAACCCCGCUUCCAGAAUAGUGUGGAAUCCUCACGAGAACCCCCCCAUAAGUGUCGGCGCCACUCCUUGGAUAGUGCCUCUGGGCCUGCUGUUAUGCGUGCCCAUAAGCCUGAUCCUCUACAGCAUACGAAACCUUGUUCCAAACCCCAGCUUCCGCGACUCUUCCGCGACUCUUCCGCCUCUCUCUUGGUUUGUUUUGUGCUCCUGUCCCUAUUUAGGUUCUCAAGCACAACUAACCUGUUGGGGAAUUCAGUUUUGCCCCCCUUGGUUAACCCUCUCUAUUAUCUGGUUCCUCAUUUUUCUGCUUUUUGGUGCUGGCUGUAGAUUCGUUUCUUGAAUUUUUUCUGGCAAAGUUAAUAUCGAAUUUGGCCUUUACUUCUGGCCAGUCUCGUUCUG